AUGAGGCCGUUUCAGCUCCGGUUUGCGCAGCUGGCUCGCCUCUGUUUGUGUCUCCACACUUAUCGAAGAGGGACGGAGGCCAUGUUUUCCCAGCAGCCACAGGACCUGGUGGUGGUGGCGGGCCAGCCCGUGACACUACCAUGCACUAUCCCCGGAUACCACGGCGUUGUGCUGUGGAUUAAAGAUGGCCUGGCAUUGGGAGUGGGCAGAGACCUCUCUGGCUAUCCACGUUACACAGUGACUGGCGACCACGGUUCAGGGGAGCAUCAUUUGCGGAUCCAGCGUGUCGAACUGAUGGAUGACGCCGUGUUUGAGUGCCAGGCUGUUCAGGCUGCCAUGAGGUCCCGUCCUGCCCGACUCACUGUGCUGGUUCCUCCAGAGGAUCCAGUAAUCAGUGGAGGGCCGGUUGUGAGCCUAAGGGCAGGUGACCCCCUCAACCUGACCUGCCAUGCUGACAAUGCAAAACCUGCCGCUUCAAUCAUCUGGAUCCGCAACAGAGAGGUCCUAAAUGGGGCCAUGUACUCCAAGACCUUGCUUCGGGAUAGUAAGAGAGAAAGCACUGUGAGCACACUCUAUCUAUCGCCUUCCAACAUCGAGACUGGCCAGCAGAUCAUCUGUAAGGCGUCCAACAAGGCGGUGCCCAACGGCAAGGAGACCAGUGUCACCAUUGACAUUCAGCAUCUCCCGCUUGUCAAUCUCUCAGUGGAGCCUCAGCCUGUUCUGGAGGGCAACCUUGUGAAAUUCCACUGCUCUGCAAAGGCCAACCCUCCUGUUACCCUCUACAGGUGGGCCAAAGGAGGGAGCAUAAUUAAGGAGGUGUCUGGAGACACGUAUGAAGUGCUGGUGGACCACUCCUUCUUCACAGAGCCAGUUUCCUGUGAGGUUACCAAUGCUCUGGGCAGCACCAACAUCAGCCGCAAUGUCGACGUCUACUUUGGUCCUCGCAUGGCUGCGGAGCCUCAGUCCUUGCAGGUUGACCUUGGAUCUGACGCCGUCUUCAACUGUGCCUGGACUGGAAAUCCAUCUCUCACUAUAGUGUGGAUGAAAAGGGGCUCUGGAGUGGUCCUUAGCAAUGAAAACCUCCUGACGCUGAAAUCUGUGAGGCAGGAGGACGCUGGGAAAUACGUUUGCCGUGCUGUGGUCCCUCGUGUUGGGGCAGGGGAGAAGGAGGUCUCUCUUACCGUCAAUGGGCCACCUACUAUUUCCAGUACACAGACUCAGCAAGCUCUCCAUGGAGAAAAGGGGCAAAUCAAGUGCUUCAUUCGAAGCACACCUCCACCAGACCGCAUUGCCUGGUCAUGGAAGGAAACAGUGCUUGAGUCUGGAACCUCCGGUCGCUACACUGUUGAGACGGUGAACACAGAAGAGGGAGUCAUUUCCACGCUGACCAUGAGUAACAUCGUCCCGGCUGACUUCCAGACCAUCUACAACUGCACGGCAUGGAACAGCUUUGGCUCUGACACUGAGAUCAUUCGCCUUAAGGAACAAGGUGGGAGCCAAGGUUCGACAGAAUCUCUCCCAGUGGCUGUGAUCAUCGGCAUUGCAGUGGGAGCCUUCGUGGCCUUCAUUGUCCUAAUGGGCACCAUCGGCGCGUUCUGUUGCACCCGCUCUCAGAGAAAGGAAGCGCACCUGGUUAUGCCCUCACUGCCCGUCUCCAUCUGUGCACACCAGAGAGAACUUGCAAGCAAAAUUAAGACAGAAAAUCUGAAAGGAGUUGUGUCAGCCAAAAACGACAUCCGGGUGGAGAUCGUACACAAGGACCACAAUGCCGCACGGGAAAACGAAGAACACUCCUCCAUGAAACAGCUGAUGGUGAGUGUUGAGCGAGGAGAGUUCCAGCAGGAGUCUGUUCUGAAGCAGCUGGAGGUAUUGCAAGAGGAGGAGAAGGAGUAUCAGCACAUAAAGGACCCUACAAAUGGCUAUUACAGUGUCAACACCUUCAAGGAGCACCACACACCUACAAUGUCCGGGAGUCAGACUGCUGAGCAGAGGAACCCUACCGCCACCGGUACCCUGGGAAAGCAACGGGUACCAACAGGCAUGUCCUUCACCAACAUCUACUCCACCCUGGGGGCGGGCCCCAACCGUCUGUACGACUACGGCCAACGCUUUGUGCUGGGCAUGGGCAGCAGCUCCAUCGAGCUGUGCGAGCGGGAGUUCCAGCGCGGCUCGCUCAGCGACUCCAGCUCCUUCAUCGACACGCAGUGCGACAGCAGCAUCAGCAGCUACAGCAAGCCGGACGGCUACGUGCAGUUCGACAAAGACAGCAAGGCAUCGGCCUCCUCCUCCUCCCACUACUCCCAGUCCUCCUCACAAAACUCGGACCUCACCCGGCCCCUCCAGAAACGCAUGCAAACCCAUGUCUGA